AGUCUUGAAUCACCUCUAAACAUUUUAGGAUAUAACAUAAUGACAUCUUUGUAAUAUUUUGUUAAAAUUAACAAUUUUAUGGAGAAUGGAGAAUUAUAAAGAGACAGAUAUCAUUGGCGCAAUAAGCACCAACAAAACUACAGUUAUGAAAAACUCGCUGUUCCAAUAUGCGUUGUUUAUUGGUUUUAUUAUUUGUAUUAUUUUGCAUAACAGUAACAUAUCGGACAAAAACAAUGCGGAUAUUGCAACCAUAUCAAAAGAACUGGACUAUAUAGGUGCGGAAUGUGCUUACAGUAUUAAGAUAGGAAAAUCUGUACGAGUAUGGCAGAAAUCUCGCAUAUUCAUAUCGUUUAAUCCAACAAAUGCUUGUUCAAGUGAUGUAUUAUCGAGACUAAAUGAAGAUGGUAGAUCUGUAUUUCGUGUUCAUGCUUACAGCGUUUAUGAAAUGGUCACAACAGCAUCGCGUUACAUUGGAAACCAGACAUAUGAAGCAGAAUUACUACUGACAUUUCCCACAAAAUACAUCGUGAUGGUUAUCCUGACGUACGUCAAUGGCUUGGCUCUCGAAUCCAGACGUCACGUCAAACCGAUACUUAGACAAGUACGAAACAGCCCGUUUAAUUUAAAUUUAAUACGGAGCGAAUCCCCGCGUCACAUAGCUGCAUAUUGUACUAAAAAUCAAAGUGGAUAUGUUAGUGGAAGAUGGUUAAAAUGCGGAGGUUCUAUACCUGGUUUGGAAAGGUGUGGUCCAUGGCAGGCGCCUGACUUUGACUUUGAUCAUAUUCACGGGUUUAGAUGGGUGCCUUAUGUCUGUCAGUAUCACCAAUACACGAAUGACGAGGUUAAAAAAUGCUUCGCGCGUAAAGGUUGGGACAGCAUUGUAUUCGCUGGUGAUUCACACAUGCGUUAUCGCGCGUACCAUUGGGUCACGCGAUUAUACGGCAGUUGCCAUGCCUGUGUCAAGACGCAUAUCAAAAUGGUUUUUAACAAAGUACCAAGAAUAGAAUGGAUAUUUGAUGCUCGUGGUACACGACUACCUUUGACUUUUCCUAAUAUAACAUUGCCACUUGAAAAGUACAUUCACCCGAAAGUUCGACGUUCAAAAUUUUCAACCCCAUUUCCUGUCGAUGCAAUGCAAGGGAAGUUAUUUUUAUUAAAUUUUGGUCAUUGGGUUUUACGGGAAGUAAAUGACGUCAAUUUUUUACGACAAAAAGUGGAAGCGUAUGCAGAAGCAGCAAAGAUAUUACAAAACACAGGAAAAACUGUUGUAUGGGUGAACACGGUUAGUUUACCGUGGAGGACUGACCAAUCAGUAAUCGAGUGGAGAGAAAACACAUCACCCUAUAGGGUUAACGAAUUUAAUAAACUAACAGACGCAAUCAUGCGUGAACACGGUAUUCCUGUCGUCGACGCAUUUCAGAUAUCCGACGGCAGGAUAGCCGCCACCCAUGAUCAAACUCACUAUACUAAAAAAUUAACAGGUAAUGAUUUUGGUGGAGUUGUUGAAAACGCGAUUACAAAUACAAUUUUUAAUCAAUUAUGUAAUAAAUAAAAUUUCUUAAAAUGUCUUUUGCCUACUGCAAUUUGACCACACAUUUUUCCACAACUCAAAAACUUCCUAAAUAGUAAGCUAGCACGAACUUAGAUGCAACAUCUUUACUUGAUUAAAACGUUGCAAUUUUGCAGGGUUAUUAAGAAAGCAUGAUGUACUCCCACUGUCCAUUCUAACCAAACCAAAAAAAGUGAAUAUAAAAUUCAAAUCAAUCCCACCUAUCUUUUAA